AUGUUAUCAACAACAAGCCCUCCUCCUACUAAAUCUGAAAAACAGACUGGGGACGCGCCUGCCAAACAAAGUCUUCCUGAAAAACCUCCUCUCUCUGUACUAGGAAUUAUCUACCGUGAGCUAGAAGUGACGAGACGACUCCUGAAAUCCAACUUCAUAGGAUUUGUUUUCAUCUUCAUCGGUGGAUUCCUGUCUAGGGUUGUCCGUUCACCGUUGCCAGUGGCGGACACGGCCAUAGCAGCAGUGAAGGCCUCGAUUUUAGACAUUGCUUGCAAUUAUGUCUUUGAUAUCUGCAACCAGACUACUUCUCCCGAAGAGGACUAUCUGAAUAAACCGCAUCGUCCCAUUCCCGCAGGCUUAAUUACCAUUGACCAAGCAAAGACUCGGUGGUUCGUAUCGUGGACAUUUGUUCCCCUCGUCCUAUACUACCUUUGUGGAUUUUGGGCCAUGGUACAUCUGUUCGAGUGGGAGUUAUUGAUUGCGAUUUGUUACGUUCUGGGGUUCUUCUCCUACUUUAUGCGCAAUUUUUUCGCCGCCUUCUCCUACUGUAUUCUGGGACGACUCCUGAAUCAAGUCCUAGCAAGAGAUAUACCAGCCUGGGACUUAAGCUUUGUAAUCGACUUCACUAUAUUCGUGUGGUUCAUGGGAACCAUUCACGUGCAGGAAUUUCAUGACCUAGAAGGCGACCGGAAGAGCAAUCGAAAAACCCUUCCAAUGCUGCUUUCUGAACGAGGUGUCAAAGUUUUACGUGUUUGCACAUCUGUCUUCGCUCUGGGGUUCGGAAUCGGGUUGGCCUAUCUCGGGUACCAAAAGAAGGAUCAAGGAAUUCUCAUUGCCCCGAUCUCUGUGUUGCAAUUAGCGUCAUCGGCCGUUCUUUCUUAUAGAAUUACAGCUUCGACAUCGCCCGAGAUGGAUCGGAAGACUUACCACGUUUACUACUACAUUCCGGUUUUAUUCAUAUUACUCUCACUGGUUUUGGUAAUAGAAUAA